CCUCGGCGUCAUUGUAGCAAAUCAAUGGAAAGCUUCGAGCAAUAUGAGCGUGGCGCGGGUGCAUCAAGGAAUUGGUUACGGCCGAUUAAUAACCAAAAGUAAUUAUUACGACAAUCGCAUUUGUAGUGACUUGUGUGACUAUAGCUUUGCAGUUAAUGAAAAUGUGCGUGAAAAAGUUCCGGAAUCAACUUUCUCCCAACCACCUGAUCCCAUUGUUGUUCCCGAAAUACAUCCUUGUAUAUACGAUUACCCAAUCGACAAUGUCCUUAACACAUUUUCCAACGAACACACCCCUGAUUUAGUACCUUCCGAUUUAUAUUCGGACUCUUUAAUUCCUUCAAUUUUUGACGAAGUUUCUUUAGUAAAUAACGACAAUGCCUUCACGGAAAUUCCGAAUGCGAAUCCUUUUGUUGCGCAACCACCGGCAAUAUGCUACAAUUCUUCCGAGUGUCCUUCCACCAUGAUAAAUCAAAAUGGAAUUAGUCAAAAUAAUAACAGGAUUAACCCAAACGGAUUACUUUCUAAGUUAAAUUUACCCUGUCAAACGAUAGAGGAUUGGGAUUAUAACGAUUGCUAUAGCUUUUACGCUAACGGUUGUUUAAAUACAUGCCGCUUUGUGGAUGCAAUGGAUAUAGAGGACUUUAUGAAUAAUGAAAAAAGGAAAGAAAAAUCGAGAGAUGCGGCCCGUUGUCGUCGAUCUCGCGAAACAGAAAUUUUCACAGACCUUGCAAACGCUUUGCCUUUAACAAAGGAUCAGAUAUCGCAGUUGGAUAAAGCUUCCGUUAUGCGACUCGCUAUCUCUUAUCUAAGAGUACGCGAAAUGGUUAAACUCGUUCCUCAGAUUUUAAAAAAAGAGGACGAUUUGUCAGCCAGCGAGGACAUUUUUUUAAAGUCCCUCGACGGUUUUUUAUUCGUUCUAUCCACCGACGGUGAUAUAAUAUAUUCAUCAGAAAAUGUCGCCGAGUACCUUGGCAUUACACAGGUUGAUCUCAUGGGGCAGAAUUUAUACGAAUAUAGUCACCCUUGUGAUCAUGAGGAGUUCAAAGAAAUCCUUUCUGCCCGUACGUCUGAUGACUCGGAGGAAUCGAGAUCGUUUUUCGUCAGAUUAAAGUGUACAUUGACUAGCAAGGGCAGAUCCGUUAAUCUCAAGUCAGCCACAUACAAGGUCAUUCAUUUUACCGGUCAUUUCCUUCAACGCAAUAAAGCGUUAAAGGGAAAAAAUGAUACCGAGUCCAAAUCAAAUUCUUCCAGUCAACAACGAUGUUUGGCUGUUGUUGGCCAGCCCAUUCCACAUCCAUCAAACAUCGAGGCUCCUCUGGGCAAAAAUACGUUUUUGACUAAACACGGUUUGGACAUGAAGUUCACCUACGCUGAUGAUAUAAUGGUGGACUUUUUGGGGUAUAACCCAAAAGAUUUGAUUGGCAAAUCUAUCUACCAUUAUCAUCAUGCCUUGGAUAGCGAUGGAAUCUGUUCUGCCUACAAAAGCCUAUUUUCGAAAGGUCAGUGUGAAACCAGCAGAUACAGAUUUUUGGCGAAAACCGGCGGUUACGUGUGGGUAUUAACCCAAGCCACCCUGAUUCAUGAUAAACUGCAGAAACCUCAGAGCGUCGUGUGCGUCAACUACGUGAUAAGGUAAGUGGAUUUGCUUUUCUUUUU